AUGGCACCCACCACAACUAGAGAUGCUGUUGUUGCUCCCAAGAUUGAAACUGUCCUGACCAGCCUCCUCGGAAAGGACUACUUUAAACAAGUUGAAGAGGGAGAUGAUAGUGACACAACUGAAUUUAUGCUUGAAUCAAGGCAAAAAGCGUUUGAUUGGAUUGUCAAUCAGGAUCCAUUACAGUUGGAGUACGCUUCUCCCAAUUUGGUUCAGAGGUUUCUAUUGGUGCUCUUCUACUACCAAACCACAAGGCAUGAACCAUGGAAGGAGUGCAAUCCACCAUCAACCUUUCAGGGGGGUACGCCAUCCGAUUUCUGCUAUAAGCUUGAUCCUGUUACAGGGGAAACAACAUCGGACAUCUGGGGUGAUCAGUGGCUCACAAAAAGCCAUGAAUGCCAGUGGGCAGGAAUGAUCUGUGAGACUGUGCAAACAAAGGCGAAAACAGUUGUUGGGGUAUCAGUUCGGUGGAAUCGGCUCAAUGGCCCUCUUCCAUGGGAGAUUGCACAAUUACCACACCUGAAACAGCUACAUUUGAAUGACAACAUGCUGAGUGGAAUGCUGCCACCAAAGCUGCUCUCUUAUUCAUUGGAACGGCUCCAGUUGGGCAACAAUCAACUCUCAGGACACAUCCCUGCUAUAUGGUUUGAAAAUCUCCAUGACGGAAAUGCAAAACUUACUAGCCUUCAAAUUGAUGAAAACUGGUUGACUGGAACUAUUCCAUCUGAAGUGGGGUUGUUUCCGAUGGAGGUUGUUCAUCUGCACCAGAAUCAACUGAGUGGGUCGCUGCCAGUUGAACUCUCUGCCCACACCUCCCUGAAGAUAUUAUUGCUGGGUUACAAUGACCUUACAGGCACUGUUCCAAGUGAAUUUGGACUGCUCACAAGCUUGAAGGGGAACCUAUAUUUGGGUCAUACCCAUAUUUCGGGAACCUUGCCCUCAGAGAUUGCCCUGCUGAGCACACUUCAGGACAUUGAUUUGUCUUCUACCAACAUGCAAGGGACCCUCCCGCAAGAAAUGUACACUGGACUCACAGACCUUCGUGCUUUUUCUGGCAAUAACUGCAACUUUUCUGGGACUAUCAGUUCAUCACUUGGUCUAUUGACAAGUCUAGUUUGGCUUCGUUUGGCCAACAACAACUUCCAUGGCACAAUUCCUAGUGAGAUUGAAGAGUUGACUAGCCUGAUGCAUCUGGUAGUGAAUGGGAAUCAGCUCACUGGCACUGUUCCAGCGUCUCUAUGUCUCUCUGCUGCUUUUGUUGAGAUUUACGGAGCUGCGCUUGUGGCUGACUGCUUGCCCAAUCAAGAGACCGGGCUGCCCACAAUUGUAUGUGCUGCUGAUUGCUGCACCAGUUGUUGUGACAACACAGGGGUUUGCCUUGGAAACUAG